GACCUGGGGUGAUUUACAAUAAACAGCCCCAAUCGCCAUCAGAUUGACCACGCCAUAGAUCAUCAAUACACCAUCAGUUGCUACAAAGACCGUGUGUAGUAGUUGUCAUUUACAGACGAUAUCCGAAGCUAUAUCUCUAUCUAUCUCUUGAUUAUUGCUUGUUCUUUUUCUUACAAUACUCCAGAAAUAUAGUUCUGAACUAUACUCGACAAAUCUUCAUCAUGUCUUCAUACUCUUCCAGUAUACCAAGUUCCUUCUCGGCAUCACCAACUUCAAGCUAUGCAUCGCUUUCCUUCAACAGCCAGUCCUCUUCCUCGUCAAGAGAAAGCGGAACCGUUGACGAUGAAGUCGACAUGAUCAAGACAUGGUUCUCGGUACUAACCGACACCGAAAGAGCAUCUGCUCUCAACUCCAUCGUCGAACUUCCAAGCCUUCGGGAGAUCGAGCCCUUGAUCCAAGCACUCAAGGACCGCAAGAAAGAACUUUGGAAGCAACAACAAGAGCUCAUCAUCCAACCGCCAGUGAAGCCCAAGUGGAUCAUGCCGACGUUCCCGCACAACUCUCAAGAUCCUCGAUGGGCAGCUAAAUGGCUUCGAGCUUUAAGGUUGCACAAAUACGAGCAGUGUCUAGUAGGGUUGACUCCAGCUCAUGUAUCACGUCUGGAGGAGGAGGACUUGCAGAAGCUGGGUAUCGACACCGUUGGUGCAAGAACCAAAAUGCUUCGAGCAAUUCAUAACAGAUAAACUAGUCAUUCUGUUUAUUUUCUAUCCUGUACACCACCAAACGGCCAACUGGCUUGGUCAUGAUGACUCCCUUUUUUAUUAUAAUCGUCCAAGAGGCGGAAAUUCAUUGUUGGGUAAUUUGUUUUAAAUUGAGACAUGGCAAGGGAAAAAGGCGUUAUUGUCGACACCCAAUGUUAAAGUUGAUACGCAAAAGCUUCAAGUAUUUCAUACCUGGUAGGCGGGUAGUGGCCUGAGAUUUAGCAUUAGUGGUAUUUAGGUGGUUUGACUGCAGGGAAUUAGUGGCGUUGGGGCAUGGAAUUAAGGGAAACGAAGAACUAGGCUGUAUCCGGGCAUUGUACAACCUGGCGCAAUGAGAACAUUCUACACAUAGUUGCGCACUGAGCAGAUACUCAUGCACUGUUGAGCUGAAAAUGCAUUUU